AUGCCAAGGUUCAGCAAGUUACUCUCUGCUCAGCACAUGAUGGAGAUUGACCCCACUGUUGUUCAAAUAUAUGUUUUGUACUCGACCAGCAAGCACAGCAUGCCACCUCCUCGGAGCGGGGUACCUUGCAGUGUAUACGCCUCACUGAUGGAUUGGAUAAUUAAUAACAGGCGAAAUGAGCAUGCGACGUAUAGUGAUACCUCCAUUGCGGAGGGGAAGAAACCGCCUGAAGUAGCACUUGAACACGUUUGGACCCCGGGGUCAGGCCUCGGUAACUUCAAUUUGCUCUAUCCUGAAGCUGAUGCCAUGAAGGGCAAUUCUGCGGUGCAAAGUAAUAAACUCAAAGUUCAUUCGUCGAUCGAAAAAUGCGCAGAUGCAUUUAGCAGCUUGAGGAAGCCAACCCCCAGUCUGUCAUUAGCCGAUCAGCUGUAUUUAAGAUGGAAGGCCAGAACCAAAUUAGAUGCAUACACUAAGGAUAAAUCGUCACGUAUACCUAUCAGAAAUGCCGUUGAAGGCGCGCAAAAAGAAAUACCUACACAAUCAAACGAUGUGAAAGAGACUGGAAGGGACCGUGAACAUGCCACGUCAAACAUUGAAGGUGCAGGUCAAUUAGUUCGUGACCCAUCGGAGGCUGGUAUGCGCACUGUACCGAAUAUUGAUUCUGCAUCGUUGGAGGAAAUGCCUCGUUUAGAUAGCGGAAAUGGCUACAAUGUGGAUUCUGAUGCAUCGGCAUCGAUGGGUUCGAUAUCCAUACCUGCCAUAAAGGUUACAUGUGCACCUACAGAAUCAGAUGGAACCUGUGGUACAUCGGUGGAAGAGCAACAUGAACGUGAUAUUGUGCAUAACAUUCCUUCAGUUGGGCCUUCGGCAUCGGCAACGGGCAUUGACGUAGCAUUGGGACAUGGACCUGACCCUGCAGGUGAUAUAUCAGCAAUACCAAAAAAGCCGUGUGGCAACACCAGAGCAGCUGUCCUUCCCGAUGUAGUUGUUGGCGCAUCAAAUACCCGUCGCAAUCUUGUUGAGGUUGAGCGUGACUCUUCUACAAAAAACGUACGCACGUCCGCCAAGGAUAAUAACCGGUCAAAGAUACCUGUGCCAACUCCUAGGGCAUCUGUACGUCGGGUUCCUGUGGCUUCAGGCCACGCGGAUGUGCAACUGGAUAAACCGGUACAUGGUACAUCGAAUUCGCAGGUAGAGAGUGAACACGCAGUCGUUGAUAAAGAGAGCCCUCAUGUUGAACCACCUCCCAACAAUGGCGCCAUUAGCAUUAGGCAUGAGUCAGCUGUAUCCGUUGGAGGCAGUGAGACUUCACCUGUAGCCGGUGGCGCCGCAGUUGGGAGGCUCACAUCGAACGCCCAUCGUACCACCCCACUUUGGGGGUCUGUUGUGCAACUAAACACGGUUGUCGAUUCGUUCGACCGUGACAUAUGGAUGCGAAAGCCAGUGGUGCGUCGCCGUCGGACCAAAUCUGAAAGCAAGGCGGAUGGCUCAAGCGGAAGUACCUCUUUAGCAGCCGACAACACUGCGAGUAGUGCAGAAGCCCAUUCAUACGAUGACAUUGUCCGUUCAUCAGCAAGAGCAGAAACGUCGAAGUCACCUUUUGUUGAAUGCGACGAUGAGUCGUUCGAUAGCCGUUCUGCCUCCAGCGACAUUGACAUGUCAUCACGUCGAUUCUUGCGCGUACCCACAUCCGAUGUGUAUGACGAUCAUUUGAAUGAAGGAGUUCCGGUGGACACUUUAGUAAAUGAUGGUGAUGUCUAUAUAGACCAGUCGAGUACCCAGGUUUAUGGUGAAGGUGCGAGCGUGUAUGAACAAGAUCGUGACAUUACCACCCCCGCUGCAUACAACAGCGAAUUGGUGCGCGGAAUUAGUAGUUGUGACUCGCUUCCAUCCACUGCUGCGCAUAGCAGUCUUGAAUCACUUGUUUCUGGUAACCGCGAUCUUGUGACACCUUCAAGUCCACAAGCGACUUUGGGUAUAACGCCUUCAUCUAGUCCAAACCCCAUAAACAAUGUUGCCGAUUCAAACCAGACGGUUUCAAGAAGCCUGGAUUCUUAUUCUGCUGCUAUGCACGAAUCUGUGCUGACAUCGCAACCAUCUAAGAGUGACAAUUAUUCAAGCGCCGUAGGACCGCCUCCAUCAUGUGCUCUAUGCCUGUCAGAUGUAAGUUCGGUAUGGUGCGAUGAGGUGGGCAACAGUGCAAUGAAUCGCGGUAGAUACAGUGAUUAUCGAAGGUUGAGGAACCCCAGACGAUAUUUGUGCGGCUCACGUUCGUGUGAAGUUUUGGACGAUAUUAUAUCCGGAUAUGAUGUUAGUGAACCGUUCCAAACAUAUUCUUCCAGGCGCUUCGAAUCAUGGGCCCAUUCUGUAAAGGACAUGUUGCGUGAGUUGGGUGGUAUUGAGCACUUCCACGAAGACGGUUACCCAUAUGAUACAGACGAUGGGUUAGUGGCUGACAUUGUGGAUUGGCAUGACAUGGGACCUUACUGUACGUUUUUCCCGCCCAAACUGGUGCUGCAGACGAGCAGGGAUUUCUUAAAGGCAGAGUUCGAAGCAAGCGAUCUUGGAGGUGUAAACGUUACUCACCGCGAAUUAGGAGGGUGGUUUGAGCCGCAAGCCAUGGUUGUGCUGCGCAGCCGAAACACCAUUAACCGUGAUGCAGGGUGGGCGCUGUCAACCAACCCUGAGGGAGAAGAAAACGUAGACGUCGAACUUGUUCCAGACGAAGUGCGCCAUGUGGAUGCUUCGGUUGACCAAGAGGAUGCCUACCUUGACGCCACAUCCUCCACAACGCCAACACGCCACCCACUGUGGUACUAUGUGUACAUGAAAACUGGAUUCAACAUCGGUGCGAGCAUGCGUAGUUCCACCUAUCACAAGCUUUUAAACGCCUAUGAGGUUUACACAGAACAAACUAAACGCAAUUUCGGCGGAGACGACCCAACAUUCGAAUCGAAUUCAACCGCAAUCGCAGAUGUGAUGCGCCGCAAUAAGGCAGCGUCGAGCCAUCCACCGACCGCCGAUUCACUAGAUGCGAUUUCUGUGUUCCAGCAAGCGUACUCAAACAUGCUUGCUGGCCUUGAAGGUCUACAUUCGGGACUUAUAAUACACGACACAUCUCUGUAUGUCAGCAGGCGCGACCGUAUUUUCAACAUUAUCGUCACUUGGUCAUGUUUGGCCGUCCUGAUAACGAUUAUCUCACUAGUCUCUCUAGUGUCUAUACAGCUAAACGAAAGAACCAAGCGCUUCUCUUCAACUGGAAAUUGA